AAAAAAAGAAGGAAAAGCGAGGGUAAAAGAGACAUUCCCACCACCACCACCGCCGCACACAGAUUCUUCAUCUUCAUCGCCUAACGUUCUGAAAUGGAGAAGCCUUGAGAAGAAGAAAAAACAAAACUACUUUUUGCUUUUUUUUACAGUAAUUUUGAAGAGAUCUUGGUAGUGGGAUUUGUUGAAAGUAAGUGGGGUUUGGUAUCUCCAGCGAAGCUUUGCACUUUGAACUCUUUUUAGGGUUCGAGGUUUAUCUGAUAGUGAGAGAGGGAGUAUAAUCAUGGCACAGGUUGUUGUCCUACACAUAUACGAUGUGACCAACAGUGGAUCGGAGAAGACUAACAAUACCAUCCUCCAGAUCAACAGGUUCUUCAAAGACGGUAUUGGCCUAGGCGGUAUAUUCCACAGCGCCAUUCAGGUAUAUGGGGAUGAGGAAUGGUCUUAUGGGUUCUGUGAACAAGGCACUGGUGUGUUCAGCUGUCCUAGCAGCAAGAACCCUAUGUAUACUUAUCGUGAGAAAAUCGUCCUUGGGAGGACAGCUUGCAGCACUUACAUGGUGGAUCAGAUAUUGCGUGAGCUCAGCAAGGAAUGGCCUGGACAGUCAUAUGAUCUCUUGUCCAAAAAUUGCAAUCACUUCUGUGAUGUUCUCUGUGAGGUACUUGGCGUGCCCAAGCUCCCAGGUUGGGUGAAUCGCUUUGCCCAUGCUGGUGACACGGCCUUGGAAGUUGCAGGAAACACAGCGAUGAGGAUAAAGCAAGCCAAAACUGAACUAGUAUCAGCUAGUAAAGUAGCUUAUCGCUUCCUUUCGAACGUUACAUCCAACGUAACCAACGGCUCCAAUGGCUCUCAACAACGACCUGGAACACUCAACAGUUCAGAGAAUGGGAACUCGAGGUUGCAAGGUAGUUGGUUCAAAGGACUACUUAACACUUCCAAACCCUCUUCAAGUACAGAGAUAGAGAACAAAGAUGAAGAUGCAAAUCAUACAAUUCCCAAUCAGCAGAAAAAACAGAGCCUUGACUCUGCACCACUCCACCAUAGUGCAUUUGGUUAACUGUAAAUCCAUUGGUCGAAAACUCACACUCACUUGUACUCCGCAUCUGUAUCCAUUUACCUUUGUUGUACCAUCACUGGAUCUUUUAUUUAUUUCAGCAAAAAGUGUGAUUUUGAUAAGAAAGAUACCAUUGUAGCCUUAAGAAAAUGUGAUAUAAGUAGAUGCAAGUGACGUAUGACAUUAAAAUUGUAAUUCUGUAUACAACUCAGAACGCACUUUGCAAUGUUAAACGACAUGAAAGCAGAACGAUAACAUCAAAAGAAAGAAAACAACAAUGAGUUUUUUUACACCAAGAAGGCUUCUCACAAAAGGGCCAAUUGUCAUCCCAGGAACAUCUUUUUGAGGACAAAAGCGUUCCUAUCAUCGUUCUCGGAUAGAUGCAGCGAUGAGACCACUUGACCAGCAAUCAAGUCCACAGAUACUCCCAUGUUGUUGUCCCAAGCACCACUCAGGAAUGGCUUAUAUGGUACAGACCAGUUACUAUCUCCACGUCCAUAAACGUUUGAGUCAAACCCAAUCCCUUGAACCCCAUAGCUGGCACAACUUUGCCUUGGAACAUAGUUGGUUCUUUCACUUCUAAACAUAUCAAUCUUGUAACAAUUUCCCUCUCCAAGGACGAAAUCCUCGUCAGAAUCUUCCCCGAGUAGGACGUGCAGUGCAGCAGCUUCUGCAAUAGCAGCACCUUCUUCAUCUAACCUCUCCUGUUCUUCAAGUUUCUUCUGCUUCUUCUUCUCAAGCUGAGCUCGAAUGGCUGCAGAGGUAGCAAGAGCUUUCUCGAGACGUCUCUUUUUCUUCUCAGCUUGUUUGACACGAUCAAAUUCAUCUUUACCAUUAUGUUUCUUGUUCUUCCCUUUAUUAGCUACUGCCUGAACUUGCUUGCAAACCGCAUGAUCCAUAAUUUGCUAUAUCUAUAACUCUAAUUAAAACUAAAAAUAACUGAACUAAAACGUCGUUGCACUACACCCACUCGGGUAUAUAGGAAUACCUCAUGGUGCGAACAAUACAAUCCCAAAAAGAAACAACUGGAGACAACUGAAGGGAGACGUUGUACGAAUUUGCAGACUUGUCACUUCCUUUCUCGUACCCCUUAGACUCUCCCAUUUUCUGCAUUUGACAGUUACUACUUGAUUAGUUUUAUAACAUAAUCAACCUUAAAAAGUAAGAGCAUAGACUUAAGACGCAUAGUUUAAGGCCACAACAAGAGCAGUUAUAAGAAGCUAAGAAGAGCUGUAGAUGCAAAACAUGCCACUUAAGUUUUCACCAACCACGGAGAGAAGACGCAAAGAGCAAACAUGAUUGAGUUACUACAAGCAAUAGUUAUUGUAAGGAAUCAAAGAGGACACCAAAUCAUAUGAAAGUGAAACAAAGAAUUUAUAUCAAUAACACAAGAUAAAAAAUCAUACAUGACACAAACUAGAGCCUGAUCGUUUUUUUCUACGAAUAUUGAAAUCCUGAAUUGCCACCAAAAACUCAACAACUCAUAUAAACAUCUGAGGAUACACAAAGAUCAAUUACACCUCAAAAUUCACAUAAUAACCAUCCUAAACCCUUAGAAAACCAAAAAAAAGCAAUUAGACUAGUAAUGGAUAUAAAACUAUUACAAAGCAAUCAGAUCAGCCUAAUGUUGAUCAAUCAAAAUUCAAUCGCACAAUUAAAGUUUCCGCACAAUAUACAAAGACUUUUUAUGAAAAGAUAAAACGGAACCAGAUAGAAAGUCUAACGAUCCAAACCUCUACAAGUUGGCAUAGAAGCGGCAAAUGGAAUCUUCUCAAAACAAUCGGAAUAACACACAGAGAGAGAUAUAAAGGUUACUUUGUUAUCUGGAUCCAGAAAAAAAAAAGAAGAGUAAUAAGAGAUAUAGAUAUUAGACAAAGAGAGAGAGA